AUGGAGGAACACGAAGACAACUUGGAAGGAUUUGUUGUUCCUCAUGGAUAUGUGGAUUCAUUGCUGCUACAGCAGUUCGAAAUAGCAAGGGCGAGUGGUCUCACCGUUGCUGCCGCCAACAUUGAUGAGGCCAACAUGGGCAGGAUUCUGGAUCAAGCUCAGAUCUCUGCUUGGGCAAGAUUGAAAGCCGAGCAAUACAAAAAGUCGGAUGAUUCUGGAACCAGAGCCCAGAACCAAUAUAAGCCCCUGGCAAACCCGUACGAGAUUCGAGUUCUGGAGCUAGAGCCGGGCUCCCUCAAAGACCAACUCAAGUGCAAGCUCCAUCAUUGUACAAUCGAGUUUGAACACAAGGGCAAGCUCUAUUCGCAGUUCGCCCUGUCGACCGAUGAUCUGACCAGACCUAUAUGGUAUACCGCAUUGAGCUACAGAUGGGGUGACCCGCACCCCGUCAGACAUAUUACCGUGGAUGGGUAUGAAAUGGAAAUCACCGUUCCUCUUUUUGAGGCUUUGAAUCAUUUUCGGAAACCAAAUCACUCCGUCGUGAUGUGGAUCGACCAGAUUUGCAUAAACCAGAGUGACAAUGACGAAAAGAGCCGUCAGAUUCCACUAAUGGGCCGAGUCUACCAACACGCCAUUAAUACUUUGAUAUGGCUGGGAAUUUCAGACUCAAUGACUGGCCAGGUUUUCAGUCUGCUAAACCAUGCUGCGACGGAGCUGAUACUUGAUUUUUCUCAAAUUCGGAUCCCCGGUGGCCUGCAGCAAAGGGGCUUUCCUCCCGCGGAAGAACAAGUCUGGGACGAUCUUUGGGACCUUCUAGAUAGGCCUUGGUUCUCCAGGCUGUGGAUCAUCCAGGAAGUGGCACUUUCCAGGAACGCUUGGGUGGUGUGUGGGGAUCAUUUCAUGUCUUGGUCUAUGCUCGAGACAGCAUGUUCAAACCUGAGAGCUGCAGGAGUUUCGCAGUGGUUACAAGAGAAGGUUUCCAAAGGAGAAUCCACAGAUCAUUGCCAAAGAGUCGUGAAGCUAGGCACGUUUGGCAAAGAAGACAUCAUGUCCCUCUUGAACAGGGCACGCGAAAGCAACUGCUGGGACCAACGCGACAAGAUCUAUGGGCUUCUUGGCAUCAGCAGAGCUUCGUGGGUGAGAGUCGACUAUAAUAGGGCUUACACGGUCGGGAGGCUAUAUCGCGACGUCGCUGCAGAAGCACUGCAGAGACACGAGCUUGUUCUUGCCUCUGCUCUGGAAUCUGUUGACCAUGACUAUAAACAGACAUUGAGGCUGGUGAAAGAUUGCGAGCAUUUCGAAAGAGGAACUUUACCCUCAUGGGUCGCCGACUGGACCCAACCUAGACAAACCGCAUCUUUAUCGGAUCGGACGGGCGUUUAUGGAAACCCGGCAGCUAUUGGGAGCAACCUUGUUCUUCAAAGACAAAUAUUCAUCCAUGAAGAUGAGCUUCAUGUCAAGGGAAGAAUCUUUGAUACUGUGGCGGAAAUGACUGAGGUACUGCACAAGCCAGACAUAAGUUUCGACAACCCCCGGACAUCGAACAAAGAGGUCCUAGUCAGGUGCGCUGAGAUAGCGGCAAAAGGCACGUCGUAUCCAGCGAGUACCUCCGUGGGUGUGUUCGAGGCGUUCUGGCGAACGCUUGUUGUGGACAAGGAUGCAGAUAACCGGAAGCGCGCGCCAUCUUCCUUUGAAGAGAUUUUCAGUCUCCUCCUAGAUGAGUCCACCGGCCAACAACCAUCACUACCGGGACAGACGUACUCAAAAAGGCAGCGCCAACCCCGGGGCAAGGGCCGGCUGGAGCUUUCCAGUCUGUCAAGCAGACGACCCGGGGCUACCUUUCAGGAGAUCAGGGCAGCCCUCCGGCGAGCUCUCAGGAACCGGCGUUUCGCCGUCACGAAGCAGGGCUACUUUGGGCUAGUGCCACACUGGACGCAGCCGGGGGACAAUGUAUGCAUGCUCAACGGGUGUGACGUGCCUUAUAUCAUUCGUCGGGCAGAACAUCAGGGUGGUGGCCAGAGCAUGGCAGAUUCAUACCGCUUUAGCUUCUUGGGGGAAUGCUAUAUCCACGGCAUGAUGAACGAUGAAAUUCUGGCCAUGGAAGAAUUGGAGUUGCGGGAGCUGGUCUUUGUCUGA